AUGGGCAACGCCGCCACCAUCGGCCCGUGCUUCCGGCCGCCGAACCCCUUAGCCGCCGCCGUCACUCUCAUACCCCACGGCGGCGGCGCUGCCAGAACCCUCGCUGGGAAGCACCUCGCCGGCGAGAUCAUGUUCCAGUUCCCGGACCGGAUGGUCUGCCCAGCCGACUCGUUCUUCAUCGGCCGGCCUUCCCCAGCCCUCUCUAUCGAAGACGAACUGGUCCCGGGCCGCACAUAUUUCCUCCUCCCCAUCGACCUGUUCGGGCCGGUCCUGUCCCCCUCGUCCAUGGCGGCCCUGAGGCCCGUGGGCCAGGGCCAUGCCGGGUUCAAGGGGUGCCCGUUCGAGUAUGGGAGGGGGCCGGACGGCAGGGUUUUGAUACGGGUCGUGCCGGAGUUCAUCGCCUGGUUGAUUAACGGUGGCAGCAGUGAGAGCGGUGACGGGGGCGGCGGCAACGGCGGCGGCAGCCCUCUGUGCAGUACGCCGGAGCUGCAGAAACAUUAUGAUCAGCUGGUUGGGUGUAAGGAUAGAGUUAAUUGGUCGCCCAAGCUGGAGACCAUUUCUGAGUGCAAAAUUAGGUUUUCGCCGUGUAGGUUCAUGGGGCUCCAGUGGAAAAAGGAGGAAAUCGAUGGGUAA